GAGCAGCAGCGGCAGCGGCAGCAGCAGCAGCAGCAGCAAAAUGAGACCAAAGUACGAGCCAGAACCCAGGCAUCUGCUACGUGCCAGGGCGGAGCAGCCCAUGCAGCCCCCGCGCAGAGCGCUCCUCCUCCUCCUCCCCCCGCCCGCUAGGAGACCACGUGGGGGGAGCAGGGCAGAGCAGGCGGCGGCGCGGCCAGCUCGGGCUUGCGUCACUGGGUCCUCGAUGACUUUGAGGCUACUCCGAGCUGGCAACCCGCUGCAAACUCGGCUGCUCGGCGAAGCGGCAGGACGUCCCCUCCCGGGCGCUAUGGGGAGCUUGCGCGGCCUGCGCCUGGCGGCGGGAAACUGCCUGAGAUUGUGUGAAAGAGAAGUUUUCCCCUCUCUCCAGGUAGCCAGAAAAGGAGAUUUGAAGAUGAUGAAAGGAUUUUGUACAAAACCACAGGAAAAUUCAAAACCCUCAUCUAAAGAGUUUUAUAAAUCUAGAGUACCAUUACAUAAGCCCACUCCCUGGGAAAAGAAGUUAAUCCUCUGGUCAGGCCGUUUCAAAAAAGAAGAAGAAAUCCCAGAGACAAUCUCGUUUGAGUUGCUUGAUGCUGCCAAGAACAGGCUCCGGGUCAAGGUCAGCUACAUCAUGAUUGCCCUGACUAUAAUAGGAUGUAUAGUUAUGGUUUUUCAGGGAAAACAGGCUGCCAAAAGACAUGAGAGCUUGACGAGCCUGAACUUAGAAAGGAAAGCUCGUUUAAGAAGGGAAGCGGAAGAAGCCCUGGAGUCCAAAACUGAUUAGAGUUAAAGAUAUGAAGUGGUUAGAUGGGUAUUUAAAACUCAGCAAGAACAGUGUGGUAGGCCGAUGCCUAGUGUGGGAAAACUAUUUGCGUAAAAGAAUGACUUUUACCAGUGCCCCUUUGCUGUGUUUUGUAGCAUUAUCAAUAAACUAUCUCAACAGAACAGCUUGUCAUUUUUCACAAGUGAUCAGAGUUUGAACCAAACCGAGCUCUUGGUCAUUUGAAAAACAAAGACAAUAAAAGUGAUGUGAUUUAAGUCAAAUACCCAUUGUUCAUAAUUCUAAAGGAUUUAUUUCUACAUUGCUAAAGGGUUUUGUUUGAGAGCACAGGUACUAUUUUUCUUUCACAUACCAUAAAAAUACUUUAUUACAGUUUUUAAUAAAAAAUCUAGGUGGCCCACUCUGUGUUUAUGUACCAAUUUUCUAAGUACUCAGCAACACAGCCCAGAAAGAGCUAGAUGAGAACCAGCUAAGGAUUCUGUCAUAAAAGUAAUGAUGAAAAUAUUUCACCACUCACUUGGCUUUUC